AUGGCUAAAACAUGGACUAGAUCAAUUUAUUCAGAUGUUUGGUGUGAUGGCUUGAUGAUUGAUACGUCUGAGAUAUCUUUCACCGACUCAAGUUUGCCAAAUUUGUUGCCUGGGAUGUUUGAUGAGGAAAACAAUUUGACUUGGAAGAAAUUGACUAGUGCUGGUCCUACAUUAAGCUUGCUUGAUGACAAUGUUAUUUACAUUAUGGCGAAGGAGAGAAUGUGCCAUCCGACAGCAUAUGUACUUACUGUGGACACCAAAAGUUUGAAGCUCGAGUCUGAGUUGGUUAAAGAAUUUGAAACCAAAGGGACAAUAUUUGAAAUCAAGGAAGGGCCGGUGCUCUCGGUGGUGUCGAAGCGUCUCCGUGUGCUGCGGAAGAAGCAGAAUCGCAUCGCGCAGAUGGAGGAGUCCGUCGCUGCCGGCAAGAUGCUUAACCAGGAGCAGAAGGAGCUCAUGCACUCCAAGCCCGUCAUCGCCGCGCUCAUUGACGAGCUUGAGCGCCUUCGCAUACCACUCUCCACUGCACUCACCAAGGAGCUCUCCACCGUCCCUGCACCUGCUGCCAGUUCCUCAUCCUUUGGCUCCGAUUUGUCCAUCCAGGACCUCCUCGCGCUCAUCUACUUCGGCUCCCUUUUUUAUGUCAAGUCACCGAACGAGUUCAUCGCCACCAUGGUUGCGUGCAAGAACGAACGGAGCAGCUGCAUCACCCACGGCUACAUAUGGGAUGAUACCGUGGACCUGCUCGUGGAGAACGACCUUGACGCAGUGUCUGCUGUGGCGGCCCUUGCCGCGGCUCGCCCUUCUUCCGCAGAUGGUGUCUCCCACCAUGACGCACUCCAGGCCUGUGCCCAUCAUGCCCGCCUAUGGCUAACCCAUGCUGUUGCGCCGAUCCACCCUGGCUCCUCUGUUACAUAUGCUGCGGUGAGGUCCAAGUUAGACAGGAUCAUGGCAUCAGACUACUACACAGCACCUGCAGUUGCUGGGAACCAUGGAGCUGAAGGUCUGCAGGCACAGAUGAGCAUGACCGACUCACCAGAGGCACCAUCACUCAAGGAGACCCUAGCUGCUGAAAAUCACAAGGAGGACGAGGAAGAUUCCUCGCAUGCCACAGAAAUCGACAAUGAUCAUCAGUCUAAUGCAGCCGAUGUGCAAAAUGUGGAUGGUAAAACCCUGGUGAACCCUCGUGUGGAAUAUCGCGUGGCUGAGGCAGAGCAGGAGAAAUUUGAUGUGAAAGAACAAGAUCAGAUGUAUGCCGAGCCAAAAAAGCGACAGUUUCAGCACCCUCGACAAUCUUGUCAGAACCAGCGAGGUGGUGAUCGUGGCUGGAGGGGGGCCUACCCUAAUGGCCAUAGCGGGCAUGGAGGCAGCCGUGGCAUGGGCAGCAGAUACGAGAAUGGGCGUGGAGGUGGUGGUGGUGGCGGCCGUGGCAUGGGCAGUGGAUACGAGAAUGGGCGUGGAGGUGGUGGUGGUGGCUGUGAAUGA